AUGGACGUCUUUGACACUCCAUAUUUUCGUACUAACAAGCUAUUGCUGUCGUUUACCGGCUUGUGGCCGAGUCAAUCGUCUAACAAGAACAGAAUUCUUUAUACGUGUACGAUACUCGGUAUAUUGAUUUUAAUAUUGCCGCAGAUCGCAUAUUUAUUCAAACACGCAAUAAAUCUGACUGAUUAUUACGAUGCAUUACCGAGUCUCACUGGCGCAUUUAUAUGUCUCAUGAAAACGAUCGGUAUAUCCUCUAAAUCUAACGAAUUUAGGAUGCUUGUUCAGCAUGUGCAAUACGACUGGUGUCUAUUAGGGAAUCACGAGACGAUUCAGAUUUUAAUAAAAUACAUGGAGAGAAGUCGAAUGUUCACAAAGGCCUAUUUAAUUUUUAUCAGCACGGGUGCGAUUAGCUUCGUCACAGCACCGAUCACAAUACCGAUCUUCGAUUUUGUGCUAUCGUCGAACGUGACGAGACCGAAAAGUCUGCCGCAUUCGAGCGAGUACUUUUUGGAUCUAGAAAAGUAUUACUACCUUCUCUUGGUGAUCACGUUUAUAGGAUAUUUUAUAGCCGUUACAGCGGUGAUCGCGAUCGAUAUCAUUUACUUCUUAAUGCUACAACAUAGCUGCGGUAUGCUCGCUAUAUUAAGUCACCGUUUGGAAAAUUUUAUUACAUGCAACAAAUCGAAAUGCGUAGAUCGGAAUUCCAUAUCUAAUAAUCAGUGGGACGAGAGUAUUGAGAAUGUGAUACAAUGCGUACAGCUUCAAAUCAGAAUAGAAAGAAUGAUACAGCUAAUUGAGUCGACGUUCGCGAUAUGUUUCAUUAUUGAUAUUGGUUUGGGAGUUUUACUUCAAUGUUCUGCGUGCGUGAUGAUCGUAACUAAUAGGAAUACUAUGGUGCUAAUAAAAAACGGUCCACUCCUGAUCUUGCAAAAUUUUCGAAUUUUUUUCAACAGCUGGUUAGGGCAGGAAAUAAUAGAUCACAGUUCUCAGGUUUCUAUCUCAGCAUAUAAUGGAAUGUGGUAUCAAACAUCUCUGGAAGUAAAAAAGAUGUUCUCGUUUCUACUAAUGAAAUGUCAAAAGCCGUAUCACAUAACUAUGGCCAAAUUAUAUGUAAUCAGUUUGGAAAAUUACAGUAUGAUCAUGAAAACAUCUGCCUCCUAUGUUACGUUAAUGAUAUCGUUAAAUUCGGAUGAAUAGUUGUCCGACAUCUGGAAUUCUGCGAUCAACUUUGUACAUCAAACAUAGAAGAUUAUUGUGGAUAUAUUUCGGCGAAUAAAUAUUUCAUCUUAUAUGCAUUGUCAGAGAAUCUUGCAUUUUAAU